AGAUAACAUAAUCCACAACCAGACUACCUCUUGUUAGGGUUGUAGCCCGAACCCGGUUUUCUUCCUGGCCUCUAAAGAAAUCAUCUGGCUGGAGUCUGGAUCUCGGCUGCGGGCUUAACCCGGCCCUGUGUCGGUGGCAGGUCCCGGUUUAUAGGCCUCCCUCCCCUUGGGGAAAGGCGCAGGCGCCACAAGCUUUAUCAGUAACUUCCUAGCUACCAGCCCCAGCUUAGUGCUGAGCGUCCUGCAGGGUAGGUGGGAGGGCCAAAGGGAGCGGCUUAAAGCCCUGAUCAGGCAGGGGCUCUUAGGAGCUGUCCCUUUGUUCCUUCCGGAAUGGUGCGCAGGGCUGAGCCCCCCGACGGGGGCUGGGGAUGGAUGGUGGUGCUCUCAGCGUUCUUCCAGUCGGCGCUCGUGUUUGGGGUGCUCCGUUCUUUCGGUGUCUUCUUCGUGGAAUUUGUGGCGGCGUUUGAGGAGCAGGCAGCCAGAGUAUCCUGGAUCGCUUCCAUAGGGAUCGCGGUGCAGCAGUUUGGGAGCCCAAUAGGCAGUGCCCUGAGCACGAAGUUGGGCCCCAGGCCUGUGGUGAUGACUGGGGGCAUCUUGGCUGCGCUGGGGAUGCUGCUUGCUUCAUUUGCUACCUCCUUGACCCACCUAUACCUGAGUAUUGGGCUGCUGUCAGGCUCGGGCUGGGCCCUGACCUUCACUCCGACUCUGGCCUGCCUCUCCCGUUACUUCUCUCAGCGUCGAUCUCUGGCCAUGGGGCUGGCCCUGACUGGAGUGGGCAUCUCCUCUUUUGCAUUUGCCCCCCUCUUCCAGUGGCUGAUCAACAACUAUGCUUGGAGGGGAGCUCUCUUACUAGUGUCUGCCCUCUCCCUACACCUGAUGGCCUGUGGUGCUCUCCUCCGCCCACUCUCCCUGACGGAAGACACUGCUGUGGGUGGCCCUGGGGCCCAGAUCACCUCCCUCUUCCAUCAUGGCCCCUUCCUCCGAUACACUGUUGCCCUCACCCUGAUCAACACUGGCUACUUCAUUCCCUACGUCCACCUGGUGGCCCAUCUGCAGGAUCUGGGCUGGGACCCGCUGCCUGCGGCCUUCCUACUUUCAGUGGCUGCUAUUUCUGACCUUGUGGGGCGUGUGGCAUCUGGUUGGCUGGGAGAUGCAGUCCCAGGGCCCGUGGCAAGACUUCUGAUGCUUUGGACCACCCUGACUGGGGUGUCACUAGCCCUGUUCCCUGUUGCUCAGGCUUCCACAACCCUGGUGGUUCUGGCUGUGGCCUAUGGCUUCACAUCAGGAGCCCUGACCCCAGUGGCCUUCUCCGUGCUUCCUGAACUGGUGGGGACUGGAAGGAUUUACUGUGGUCUGGGACUGGUGCAGAUGAUAGAGAGUAUCGGGGGCCUGCUGGGGGCUCCUCUAUCAGGCUACCUCCGGGAUGUGACAGGCAACUACACGGCUUCUUUUGUGGUGGCCGGGGCCUUCCUACUUGCAGGAGGUGGAGUUCUUAUCACCCUGCCCCAAUUCUUCUCCUGCAUCUCAGUUUCUACCUCCAGACCCCAGGACCUUGUGAUAGACGCACCGGAUACCAAAAUUCCCCUGCCCAAAGAGGAGGUGAUGGGAGAGGACUAAACUCCACCGAGAGCAGUGGUCAUGGAAACAGGGCUUGGCAGUGUCAGGUCUUUGGCCUCAUCAAGGCAUCCACAGAAGCACAGUGCCUUAGGAUUCUUGAUCUGUCUCCUCCAGAGCAGGCCCAGGGUUUCUACAAUUUAUGUGCCAACCAUUUGUAUUUUGCUGAGGACUCACCUAUCACCUUUGCUCACAAGAGCUUUUCUUAAGGCUCCAGGAGAUCUCACUCCACUGAGUUCUGAAUCAAAUCUGAAAAUCAAAGGCCAAGAGUCUUCUCAUGUUUUCCUAUGUGAUAUCUGAAGUCCCUGGUAUAUAGAACAAAUAAGGAAACUGGACAAUAAUUUUAACCUCAAAAAGAGCUGGGAACCAGGUGCUUGGGGCAGCUAACAGGGCCAUGGCUGAGCAAAGGAGUGGAGAUGACCGUGAUCCCUGGUGAUCCAGGGUUACUCCCUCCCGUCCACUUAUCGCCCUCUUCUCCACUAUUCUGGUGACACAGGGGGAAUUUUUUUAAGAGAAAGGCAUAUGCAUGGAAGAAGGUAGCUUGGGAGCAGAAACUGGAACUGAUAAAGCCCAUGUGUGACAUAAGAGCCUUAUACUUUUGAGACAGCCUCACCGUGUAGCCCAGGCUGCUCUUGAACUUGAGAACUGGCCUUCUCCCAAGCACUAGGAUGGCAGGUGCACACAACCAUACCCAGAUGGAUUUCUGUUCCUCCUAGGCUAAUGAAGGUCGAUCAAAAUGCAAGAAAAAAGUAAGGAGGUUUGAGAGCUAGAAAGGAAGCUCAGUUACGAGCACUUCCUGCUCUUCCAGUAUGCCAGAGCACCCACACUAAGUGGUUCACAACUAUAAUCCAGAGGAUCCAAUAUCCUCUUCUGGUAUCCAUGGGCACCCCCCCCCACACACACACGGUAUACAUUCACACAAACGCACAUACAUAAGGGAUAAAAAUCUUUUUAAAGGUAGGUCUGAAGAGAGAGCUCAGUAUCUAAGAGUACUUGCUGCUCUUCUUGCUGAUCUAUUUGGGUCCUGGUGCCUACACCCAGCAGUUCACAACUGCCUGUAAGUCCAGCUCUAAGAGAUUUGUCCUCCACAAACACACAUAAAUAAAAAUAAAUUUUAGAAGUUCAAACAGAAGGUUUAGAUGUGCCCCUAACAAACUGGAACUGAGUAGCUGACAAUUUCUCAAAGACCCUCUCAAGGUAAGGAUUUGGACAAAUAAAAACCGGACAGACAUCACUCCU